CCGCCCAAUCAGAGUGCCACAAAAGUUUGAGUGAGGAACUUGUUCAUAUAGGUCUAUAGACUACUCCACCAGAAAAUCUCAUGAUAAUAACCAUUGUGUGUGGCUCUACAGCCUCAUUUUUGGUGGACCUAUUUUGGUGGUUCGGCGCAUUACGCGAAUCCGCGCAUUACGCGCACGGACACGGUAACGCAACUGGCUAGAUACGUCGCCCCAUCAAGUUUUUCGGAUGAACAGCGUGGACGUUGGAUGUUACGACCUACAGUAAUCGUUUUUCCUUACAAUGUCGUCUACCAGAUUGAAAGCAAUCUUGGAUUCUCACACUAUGCUCAUUUAAGCGUUGAGGGUUGCCUGAUUUGCACGCGCGACUGCUCCUCGUCCCAUGCGUGUUGCGCACAUCCAGCUUCUUGUAUUCGCACCACGCUUUCUACGAGUAUGACUUACUAGUGUAUAGCUUUCUCACGAGCUGCACUUUAAGAUGGAUACACUUCUGCAGGAGUUGAUCGACCGCAUAGUCAGCCACCUGGACCAUGAUGACCUCAAAAGCAUGCUUGUGUUGUCUCGGAAGUUUCAAUACGCAUGUGAAGAAGGUCCGGAGGCAUUCGCACAGUACAACCUAACCAUCGAUAACGCACCCAAAUUCAAAUCGACAUACAGCGGCCGCCGUUCUCGUUACCUUCGAGAACUAGUAUUCGAGACGAGCGUGUUUCCUCGCGACGAGAAUGCGGCAGAGGAUUGCCGCGACACUUCCGAUGAGUUAUCAGCAAUGAAUAAAGGAUUUAGGCGUCAGAUCAAGUUCUUUUUCGACAGGCUGAAGAGCGUCUAGAGGGCUCUGGCUGGCAGAAACCACCUUGGGCCGAUACACCUCACGAUAUUCGAGCCCACAAGAGCGAACCAUGGAGAUGACACAUGCCACCAUCACAUGUUCGUCGGUUGAAACCUGAUCUGGAAUCUGUAAGCUCCCUUACAAUCAAGACCCCAAAGCUUGACUUAUACGCUCAAGGACCCGAAGUAGCGCUGCGCAGACUUGAUCUUCGCAUCAUCCUCGAUAUUACAACCAGAUGUCCAAACCUCGAAAUUUCAACAUGCAAAGUCGGGGGUAGUGACUGGCAAGCACUAUUCGACCAUGG